AUGAGAGCUCCCGAGGCAGCCGAGGAGGAGGAGGAGGAGGAGCAGAUGCCGCCCUUCAGCUCCGGGGCGGGCGGGCGAUCCCGGAGGUGCCGUGGGAGCUGUGGCCGGGAAGCGUCACUGGGAGCGGCCGUGCGGGGCCUGUUCGGGAUAUCCGGGAUCCUGCUGCUCGCCGUGGGACUGCUGGGAACGCUGGUGUUCCGGAAGGUGGAUUCCAUCUCCGAGGAGAUCAGCACAUCCCAGACCUUGUACGAGCAGAAACUCCUCUCCCUGCAGGAGGAUCUCCAGGCAUUGGGUGAGAGGAGCUCCGGGAACGGCUCCUCCGUGUGCCGGGACACGGCGGCGCUGGGCCGGGAACUCUCGGAGCUGCAGCUGGAGCUGGAGCAGAUCCAGAGGAUGCUCCAGGCGCAGGAAAUCCUCCUGGAGCGAACUUCCCAGAGCCACGCCCGCCUCUCCUCCGCCGGCUCCUCCAUCUCGGGCGGGCUGCGGAGCUGCUCCGCAUCCAUCGGGAAUGUCAGCCGGAGCCUGGAGCAGCUGCGGGAGCAGGCGCGGGGGUGCCAGGGGGUCACCGCCCGCCUGCAGAAUUCCCUGCGGGAUUUGACCCGGCAGCGCUCGGAGGCCGGAGAGGCGGCGGAGCGGCUGAAUUCCAGCCUGGAGCAGAAUUCCCAGCGGCUCCGCGCUCUCCAGAGGCGGGCGGAGCAGGAGACGCUGGCGCUGAGCAGGGCGGCGACCGAGUGGCAGAACGUGACGCGGAUUUUUGGGAUGCUCCGCGCGGCCUCAUCGCGGAAUUCCGAACUGCUCCGGGGUUUGCAGGCCGGGCUGGGCUCGGCGGUUCGGGAAGCGUCGCGGAAUUCCGACGGGACGCAGGAGCUGGCGCUGGAGCUGCUGGGGCUGCAGCUGGAGCUGGAUAACAUUUCCUCGCAGCUGGAGGAGCAGCAGGAGAACGCGCAGGAUCUGCGGCACCGCCGCGGGCACGGGCGGAACCGAACCCAGGAGAGGUUCCGGGAGCUCGAAUCCCGGCUGGAAUCUCUCCAGCUGGAAAUCCGAACCAUCCUGGCCAACGUGGGGGCCACGGACGGGCACGUGCAGGGAAUGCUGCGGUUCCUGGACGCCGUGCGCUUCUCCUGCUCCCGGGAAUUCCGCGGCCAGGCCGAGGAGCUGCGGGAGCUCAGGAGAUCCCUCGGGAUGCUCCAGGAGGUGACGGAGGAGCUGCGGGAGCGCUCCGGGGUGCUCGGGGCGCGGCUGGAAUUCGGCGUGAGGAAUCUGUCGGUGGCGGUGGAGGAGAUGAGGGCGGUGGACGAGCGGCACGGGGAGAUGCUGCGGGACGGCUCCGCGCUCCGGGGCGUUCCGGGGCUCCCGGGACCCCGCGGCCUCAAGGGCGACGUCGGAUCCGGGGGAGCGCCGGGAGAUCCAGGCCAGAAGGGCGACCUCGGGAAUUUGGGAUCUCCGGGAUCGCCGGGAUCUCCGGGAUCGCCGGGAGCGGAGGGGCCGAGGGGGGAGCGGGGCCCGCCCGGAUCCCGCGGUUUUCCCGGCUCCAAGGGAUCCAAGGGCAGCUCGGGAAUUCCGGGACCGCGUGGCUCCAAGGGUGAUCCCGGAAUUCCCGGAAUUCCAGGAAUUCCCGGAGCCGCGGGACAACCGGGCCCGGCCGGACCGCCCGGAGAGCGCGGGGAUCCGGGAAUGGCCGGGAAUCCCGGGAAUCUCGGGAAGGAGGGGACACAGGGGACACAGGGGGAGCCGGGACCCAGGGGACCCCCGGGAAUGGCGGGACAGUGA